AUGUUAGAUACUAAAGUUUUUGCUCAAUACUCGAAUCAUAACGUUAUAUAUUACCAUUCUAAAGAUAACAAAACCGCAAAUUUUACUUACUCGCAACUGUGGAAUGCGAUCGAAAGCGUUAGAAAGGCACUUCGCAAUCAAAAGUUACCGGAAAACUGCAGCUGCAUUGCCGUUAGUUUAACACAUGCUCCAGCCUUAAUCGCCGUCGUUGUUGGGAUUCAUGUUACGAAGUUUGCCUUUUGUUGUUUGAAUAUUGGUUAUAACAUAAAAAAUAUUUCACUUAUAUUACAACGCAUUGGCACGUGUUACACGUUCUGUUACAAAAAAGAUGUGAAGGAAUUCGAAAGUAACAGCUUUGAAGUUAUAUUUGAACUCAAUUUAUUAGACGAAUUUGUUUGCCUAGUUAAGUUCAGCACAAACUGGAGCAAUGUAAUAAUUAACAAAAGAAUUGCCUAUUGUGUGCUUACUUCGGGCAGUACAGGAAACCCCAAACUUGUUAAAGUGUCUUCAAGUUGCAUUCUACCUAAUUUGGAACGGCUAGAACAUAUUUUUAAUAUUUCUCUAGAGGAUCGCAUAUUUAUCGCUUCACCGCCAUCCUUCGACCCUUUUAUUGUAGACGUGUUUCUAGCUUUAAGGAACGGGGCCAGUCUAAUAUUGGUUGCCAAUGAGAUCCGCCUGGAUGCUGACCGAUUAUUACGUGUGCUAUAUGAUCAAAUCAAUGUUACUUUCAUUCAAAUUACGCCGUCCCUUUUCCGUCGUUGGGAUGAACGAUCAAUACAGGAAGUUAUAUUUAGAAAAGAUAGUUCGUUACGGAACUUGAUCUUAGGCGGCGAACCUUUUCCAACAGACUUGCGAAUUCCAAAUGGGAGUCGAACAAAUAUUUACAACAUUUACGGUAUCACGGAGAUUUCCUGCUGGACUACGAUCGAAAAGGUGAAAGCAGAGCAUAUAUGCAACAACCAGGUGUCGAUAGGGUCUCCCUUGGACCAAACGAUUUUGCUACAGUUGAGAAAAGUAGAUAACAAUGAGAUUUUAGAUCUACACCAAAUAUUAACUCCAGUACGAGGAGAACUUUAUAUAGGUAGCCGCACUCGAAAAUGCUUAGUGGAUAACGAGGAAACAGAAGAAAUAUUAGAUUCUGAUGAAGUUUGCUAUCGAAGAACCGGUGAUCUCGUAGAACUUAGAUCAGAUAGAAAAUUUUACUACUUAGGUAGAUGCGAUCAAGUAGUAAAACGGUUAGGCAUUAGAGUCAGCUUGACCCAUUUAGAAGAUAUAUGUGAUCGGUGUCAAUCGAUUGCCAAAAGUUUUGCUGUAUUCGAUGAGGCGCAUCAAAAAGUGAUUUUGUUUUAUACAAUAUGCAACAAGCCCAAAGGCGAAGACAUAGAACAGCAAUUAAGAGCCAGUUUUAAAUGUGAAGAAUUACCUGAUGAGUUUGUUAAAGUGGAUAAUUUUCUUCUAUCAGCUCAUGGCAAAAUUGAUAAAAAAGCAUUGCUUAAUCGUUACCUCAUGCAAAACUCGACAGAAUAUUUAUCAGGACAACGCGAUAUUAGUCAAUAUUUUGCGUAUAAAAUGGAUGCAAUUUUCGGAAAUUGUUUAGAAAAUCAAGGUCAACAUAAACGGAUGAGAUUAGACACUGAUUACUCGUUUCUACAUGUUGGAGGUACAUCGAUACAGGCUGUUCAACUGGUUACAUACUUGCAAGAAAACUUCAAUGCAUCCAUUCCGGACUUAAUUGGUCUUUUGUUAGAUGAAACCGUGUCGCUCCGACAGAUUCAUUCUUAUCUAGCGAAAAUUAACUCAUCGGCUAGUGCUAGACACAGUUCUAUAGAACCCAAAGAAAAUAGUACUGUGAUAAGUGUAAAAGCUUGCUUCAAUAUGGAUAAAUGCAUUGAUGCGACUCCCAGCGUUUUUAAUAGUAAACUUCAUAAUAGAACUAUAGUGUCCGUUGGUAGCCACUCUCAUAAAAUUAUCAUCAUUGGGACCAACCCUGACAGCAGCAUCAUUUCGCAGCUAGUUCUUCCGAAUCGAGUUGAAAGCUCUGUUGCCUAUCUGAAUGACCUGGAACUAGGUUUGGUCGGUUGCUACGAUGGAUAUUUCUACUGUUUUGAUCUUUGGAGCAGUGAAGUUCGUUGGAAGUUUGACUCCAGAGGCAUGAUAAAAUGUAAAGCAUUGGUUAUUGACGGCUUUAUCAUUUUCGGAAAUUACAGCAGCAGAGAAAAUUUGUUCGCCCUAGACGUUAAUGGUGUACUGGUUUGGAAAUUGCGACUAGGAACCAAAGGAAUUCUUUCAUCGCCUAUUGCUAUAAAUGAACGAGUAGCUUUUGUUGCUACUUUAGAUGGCACCUGCAGAUGUUUUAAAGUUAUUGAUGGAUCAGAAAUAUGGACAAAGAAGCUCCAAUCUGCCGUAUUUGCCAACAGUAUGUAUAUCAGAGAUUACCAAACAAUUCUUGUUCCUGAAGUACAGGGUUGCCUACAUUGUUUGUGUAGUCAGUCCGGAUCAGAGCUUUGGAAGAUUUCAACCGACGGAAAUAUUUUCUCCUCGCCAUUGCUACAGCGAAAGUUAACCUCAGCAUACGUCUUACUAGGAUGCCACGAUAAGCAUCUGUACUGCUUCCAGUGUAACAAAAAUGCCAUUAAAUUACAUUGGAAAUUACGAUUGCAAUCUCCAAUUUAUUCAAGUCCGGUGGCAUUGGACGAUCAGUUAAUCAUUGUUUGUAGUACAUCCGGCUAUGUUAACCUUAUAUCGACGAGCGGUGUCAGUAUACUUUCAGUAUUAAAAUUGGAUGGAGAGAUUUUUUCUACUCCAGUAGUGGUACAUCCAAAGAAGUUAUAUAUUGGAUGUCGAGAUAAUUACCUUUAUCAGCUUACAGUUUCGUUAUAGAUUUAGGUUGAAUAAAUUUUGUAUAUCAAAAUCAGCAUGAGUAUGUGGGUAAAACGCCAGCUCCUAGACCUGAUCUGAACAAAAGAAAGGUGCACGCUACUGAUGUUAAAUUUGAUAAAGCGUAGCAAAAUGUUCAAUGUAGCAAAAUGUUUGAG